AUGGGGAAAGAGAUGCAGAGAGUACUGGAGUUCUACAGUGGAAUUGGCGGCAUGAGAUACUCGCUGAUGAAAGCUCAAGUAGAAGCGCAAGUGAUCGAAGCAUUUGAAAUCAAUAACAUUGCAAAUGAUGUUUACCAACAUAACUUUUCUCAUCGUCCUUAUCAGGGAAAUAUUCAAAGCCUAACUGCUAUUGAUCUAGACAAAUAUGGUGCCCACGCAUGGCUCCUUUCUCCUCCCUGUCAACCUUACACACGACAAGGGGAUUUUUUCUUCUUCUCGUUCUAUGAUAACUUAUUUAGUUCUGUAAGCAAAAUGUCGCUCAAUAAUCUUGUGUUAGGUCUCCAGAAGGACAUUGGGGAUGCAUGGGCGUUUUAUUUUCUUCAGAUUCUUGAGCUCAUCCCAUUCCUAUUGCGGCCUCUAAGUAUGUUGUUUGUGGAAAAUUUUGUCGGGUUUGAGACAUCUGAUACACAUGCAAAACUGAUUGAAAUACUGGAGAAAACAAAUUUUAUUACACAAGAGUUCAUUCUCACCCCUUUACAGUUUGGAGUUCCAUAUUCUAGGCCUCGUUACUUUUGUCUGGCUAAGAGAAAACCGUCAUCUUUUGGAAAUGAAUUUUUGAGCCGCCAGUUGAUUCAGUCUCCUAAGCCAUUAUUUGAUCCUUUCAACACAUAUGCUAAGGAAGAUGAUUUAUCACUCGAGGAUAGACACAAUUUGUUCCAGUCAUGUCAACCUAUUGAGAAGUUUCUUGUAUUAAAGAAUCUUAACAAUGAUACAAAUGUUGAACCUGAGGCUUCAGCAACGGGUGUUUCCAAUGACAUUUCUAGAACUUCAGGGGAAUAUAAUGAAGAUGAAUACGGCUCUUUAGACAAGUAUUACAUUCACCCAAGCUUGUUAGAGAGGUGGGGAAGUGCUAUGGAUGUUGUCUAUCCUGAUUCAAAGUGCUGCUGUUGUUUUACGAAAAGUUAUUACAAAUAUGUGAAGGGAACUGACUCCCUUUUGGCUACUGUUGAGCCAAUGAAGAGGGACAAAACAUCACUAUGA